AUGGAGGAUCUAGCAACUCUCAAGAACAGGCUUCCCAACUCGUUGGGCAACAAUGAUAAUCCGUUCCAACUUUUAGGCGCCGAUCAGGGCUUUGACACAAAGCAACAGGAGCUAGUAAGAGUUCGCUAUGAGGACACAGGGAAGUGGGUGCUGAAUUCCAACGAGUUUAUUUCCUGGAAAGACGGGAAAGGGUUUGACUCUCAAGUUCUCUGGAUCUCGGGUCAGCCUGGUUCAGGCAAGUCGGUCCUCAUGUCGACUAUUAUUGAGUGGGCACUUGGACGGGCCUCAAAGUCGAAGAAAGACGUCGUUGUCUACUUUUACUUUGAGGCAAGCCGCAAGGACACUGCACGAGAUGCCUUAUCGAGUCUUCUUGGACAGCUUCUUUCGAAGGACAUUAAGCUUCCAAGCUCAAUUUCAAGCUUCUUGGAAUCGUAUAUCCAACUAAGGACAGGAACAGAAUCUGGGUCCUCUCCCUUCAACCUGAACGAAGUCACAUCUGCAUUCCUGACUUUGUCACGAGAGUUCAAAUCCGUCACCAUUUGUAUGGACGGGUUAGACGAGUGUAGCGACAUCCAAGACUUACUUAGGUUACUUGAAAGGGUCUUGGAGUCUUCCUGUCGCUUGGUUGUCGCCUCCCGGCCAUGGCUGGAGUUUCAUAAUUUCUUCGAAGGCCAGCUGAAUAUAGAAAUCACAGAGAGAAACAACAAAGAUAUCCGACAAUACUUCAAGACUUUCCUCAAGGAGAACCCGAGACUUGCAAGGAUGAUGGGAGACAAUCUCUCGAGGGAAGCCGAAGAUGUAAUUGGGCCACGAUCCAAUGGAAGGUGA